AUGACGCUUGGGCAGCGCCGGAAGGGCACGUGGGAAGUUUGGCGUCGAGGUCGCGAAGACGUCGCGCCGUCGGAUGACGUCGAAGGGUCCCCGUGGCACGAACGCCUUCUCUCCUCGUGAUCCACUUCCCGUUGCCACCUCACUUAUCACUUUCUUUUCGUGGCUGCUGUUGUUUUCGUCUCUGCUUACCUUCUUUCAGUUUCUUCUUCUUCUUCCGAUAUCCAACUAUUCGCAGUACAUCUCUGUUUUCUUUUCUAUAAUUAGAAAGUUGAUUCACCGCUGGGUUGUGUCAAAAUUUGGUGGUAUGAAAAAAAGACCAGCGAAAAUUCAAACGGCGAGUUUUCCGAUUUUUUCAUAUCGCUAGGGAAGUCGGAAAAAGAUUCGUCGGAAAGGUGGCCGUCGGAAAUUUUCCUAGCAAUAUGAAAAAUCGGAAAAGUCGCCGUUUGAAUUUUCGCUGAUCUUUUUUUCAUACCAACCAAAAUUUUUGAAAUCACUGAAAUUCCACUUGAAAAGUAUCGAAUAACUUGAAAACAACUUGUGAAAUUUCGUGAAAAGCUAGCGGUGAAUUGAAAGACAAGGAGGUCAUUCGUUCAUAAGCCCAAAUUACCUUAAAAACGACUUAAAAAGAAGAGUCUAAAGCUCCUUUUUGAGUUCCUUAAAGGUGUCAAAAGUUUCUCGAAAUAUCCAUUUUCCGCCUCCUUUUUUUUUACCACCUCAAAAAGUACUUUUCAGAAAAAAGGCGCCUUUAAGGCGCCUUUUUUCUCCAAAAGUCCUUUUUGAGACCUUUAAACAAAUUUCCAGGUGUUAGGAAACUCGAACUGAAUGUAGAGAAAAUGAUAAAAAGUUCACUGUCAUUUCAUUUUCAAGUCAUCGAUUUUCCGCUCAAUAUGAGAAAUUGAACUAAUUCUUGAUUUCAGAAUGUCCGACAUUGGGGAUUCUCCGAAAAAUGAGGAUCCUGCGCCGCAAAUUGAAGUUUUCGGUGCUGGUAGCUUUCGAAAAUGUAAGUUGUCAUUGCUUCAUUCGUUCGUAUUAAUUUGAUUCGGAAAUAAUUACCGGCUGACUUGAGCCAUCGAAAAAAGGGUCCUGACACGAUAAUGCACGAGAUAGUGCCUGGCUCGUGGAGAGCACAGACAGGCCACGCCCCUUAGCGUCCCAAAUUAGCCGUGAAUCAGCACAAGGAGUUCAAUUUCAGCAAAAACGGACAAAAUAGGAGAUUCGGGCAAGCGAGGAAUCUCGUUCACUGUCGAAUCACUUGAAGAUAUUCCAUCAAAAGUCGACGAAGAAUCCUCGAAAGAGCUGAAAGAAGGUGAGACUACCUGGUUAUAAUCUGUUCGGAUUGUGAAUGUCAAUUCAUCGCUCAAACUCCGCCCCUUCUGCGUAGAUCAAACCAAACGGGCUUAACCGACUAUAGACAUCGUUCAUGACAUGAACUUUCUCAGGAAAGUCAUGGAUUCGAUACGUCGUGCUGACGGCGACAAUCGUCUGUCUCUCUUCAAUCAUGGCCAACAUCGUCUGCUUCAAUUUCACGAUUCUUUGCAUGCCGCGUACCGGCGAAGUGUUGUCCGGCAACCACGUAACAUUCGGUGCAACUUUCGGAGCUCAUCCAGCUUUUCAGACAGCCUACGAAGGCUACACGAAGAACGAACGAACCUGGCUUUUCAGCGCAGUCGCCGUCGGAGCGCUGCUGGCCGUGGUUCCCGUGGCGCACGCGAUCAGCACGAUCGGCAGCAAGAAAGUUGGCUUAUUUCGGUUUGUCACGUGACCACCAACGUCUCCAGGUUUUCUUCGCCGCUGGCAUGCUCACUGGAGUGGCGACGGCGCUAGUUCCGGUGGCAGCCACCUUUGAUCUGAACACGUUUCUCGCCCUGCGUUUCAUCCAAGGGAUCUCUUUCGCCGCAUGCAUGCCGACUGUCGGGUCGGUGACGUCAUCUUGGGCUUCUCUUCACCAGCAAGGCCUUUUCAUCGCCGUCCUCACGACCUUCGGACAACUCUCCUCUGUGUUCUCCAUGCCCGUGUCCGGCCAGGUGCGGAACACAAAAAGAUGAACCAGAUUUUGGUUAUAGCUUUGCACUUCUUCAUUGGGCUGGCAGUCGGUGUACUAUGUCCAUGCGGGAAUUUCUUUCGUUUCUUUCAUCCUGUGGUUUGUGGUCUACACGGACACGCCAGGUAGGACCAAACGGGAGCUUGACUUUGGAUCCGGCUGAUUGCAGAUCAGAACAAGAUGGUAAAGACGCGGGAGCUAGCGGAGAUCAACGCCGGAAAGUCUUCUUCGAGUCUUGUCGCGCAGAACAAGCCGACGGCGAUUCCGUACCUCGAGAUUGUGACGACGCCGAGCGUUUGGGGAGUCUGGGUCGGGGCUUUGGGCGACCUCGUAGCCGUGCAGGUGAGGCUCUUUCUUUAAGGAUAUCAUUAGAAAAUUCUUGGAAGAUCAGUAGUAUGUAGCCCCCCCCUGGCAUUAGUACUGUAGUAUUACUGUAGUAGUACUGUAGUCUACUAAGGUCAUGUCAUCUUUCAUUCCUUACAUUGAUAUUUGUUAAGUCCAAAAAAAUUACUUAAAUUUUUCCUUUAUUCUGUCACAUAGUGUGCUCAAGAUCCUUACAGGCCAAAACAUGAAAAGAAUAAAUCAAUAGGUGUCUAAAUAUCCAAGUUUUCAAACGUGAAAAAGUUGCAGCUCAUUCACACCUUCUCGCCACUUUACAUCAGACAAGUUCUUCAAUAUUCGGUCAAUCACACUGGCUUUGCUGCCGCCGUUCCGGUUCUCGUCCAAUUUUGCGUUAAGGUUGCAUUUUUUCCCUUUGUACGGCUUGAGCAGCCGCGAGUUGAUUAGCCGAGGUCCUUUCUUGAUAUCAGUGAUAAUAAGCGUGCUGGUGACAUAUCCGUCCUUGUGUAUGACGGCUGCAGAUUUUUGUAGUCGUGUUCCCAUUCUUAGAAACUCCGGAGUGUUCCCUAGAGAGGCAACCUUAGGGCCCUUGAAGAGUCCCGUCUUGGGACCACUUUGCCAACCCUUAACGCUUGAAAAAGUGGUCCCUAUAGGGGUAUCAGUUAGUGGCCCCUAUAGGGGACAUGCUAGUUCAUAAAUAAGCGUUUUUGAAUGAACUUGGAAGGCUCCUAUAGUGGCCACUUAAGCUUUAGUGGCUAAGGGGUCAGACGCGGAACCCCUAUAGGGACUACCUUUAUUUUAACCCUAUAGUGACCCCUUUUUCGGCCCCCUUUUUAUCCCUAAGGGAUCAUUUUAAACUUCCUAAUCCACCAAAAUUUCUCAAAAUUAAGUGUAAAGCCUAGGGACCGCAAAGCCACGCCCCUUUUCGCGAUAGAAAAAGUGGCUUUUUUUUGGUUUUCAACUUUCAUUUUGCUGUAGUUGCAAAAUAUGUGGAACUGGCUAAUAAAAUUUGGCACACAUGUACAGAAAAGCUUCCUCUAUCGUUUAAAAAAUGUUUCACGCUUUUUUGAUGCGUUCGCGCGGAAUGUCGUACAAAAACGUGAAUGGGACUAAAAAAUUUUGUCGUUUUUUGCUUUUUCAUGUGUUUUCAGGUCGAACGCACUCUUUCUUUUUUUAUAUAAUGAUUUUUGAUUCAAGUAACGGUAAUUUUAAAACAAUUAAAUAAAAAAAUUCGUCUUUGCCAAAAAAAUUUUAGGGAGUGCCGAAAGUCAUAAUUCAAAAAUAUCGUUAAUAAGCGAAUAUAAUCGAGUUUUCGUUUUUUUCAAAAAUUUAGACCAUGGGCUUACCUAAAUUUUUUUCUCCACAGAAUAUGUGCUUGAAAAAGUUGUUUAAUACGCAAAAAUGCUCUUGAAACUAGAGAAUAAAAUUAGCGGCGUUUAUCACACCGAAAGCGGUCGAACGCAGGUUUUUCAAACGAUUAUAUACAUUUAUUAGUAAAAAAAUCUUUCAAUUAAAAAGAAUAAAAUAAAAAAAUUCGUCUUUGCCAAAAAAAUUUACGGGGCCGUUUUAAUGCAGCGAUCGUUAAACGAGGCAAAAAAAGCACUAAAAAAACAGUUUUUUUCGAAGUGAAUUUCCACGAAAAAGUUUGAGUAAAGAUUUGCGAACAUAUUCUGAUAAAAAAAUAGCUUAAUUACUUCAAGUUUUGAAAUAGGCAAUCUGUGCUAUUUAAACGGCUCAAGGCUAUGGGGGAUGGAAACUCCCUUCGCUAGACCUAACAGCUUGGCGCAGCGCGUGCGCUGCGAUUUUUCAUUUUGAGGUCGCGAGUUCGAUGCCCGCAAGCGCCAGUUUUUUGUUUUCUGGAAAAUACCGACUUUUUCGGCAAACUAGCUGAUUAGCAUCAUUUUAGCACUCUAUUAUGAUUUGUUACAUCAUAAUAGACCAGUAUCAAAAACUUGUUCUAGAAAAAAUCGAGAAAAAAAUGUCAAAAAAAUGGAUAAGACCAAAAUUUCAGUACUAAAAAAAUGGCGCGCGGCGCGCCACAUUUUUCGUCAUAACUUUUUUCAUCCUCAAUCUUUUUCGAAAAACUAAACGGUUCUGAGUUUUGAAUCGAAACAGCUAUCAAACCAUACAAAGCUCAAUGCUGAAAAAAUUUUUUUGAAAAUUCGUCUGCGGUCCCUAUGUAAAGCCCUUAAUUUUGUCGAGGCGUGGAUCGAACCCGUGACCUUGUGGACCGUAGACAGGCACACGACCUGUUGCGCUACGGCGCCCCUUUUAAAUUACAACAGUUGAACAACUAUGAAAUGUAUACUUUGAAGCUAAAAUCGCUUCUUUUGGAGGUUUUCGCCGGGCAUUCGAGCGACAAAAUCCGCGGCGUUUCUGAAACGACCAAACUCCGCGUUUUCAACACCGUCGCCUUGGGCUUUAGCGCAGUGUUCUUGGCCGUUCUUGGCUUCGUUCAGAAAGGUUUCUUUUUUCUUUUCGUUCUCCCAAAAUCCAUUCCUCCUUCAAGGCCAAGGACUUCUCGGUCUGUCGCUGAUCUCCUUGGCCACCGCCAUGUUCGGAUUCAACGGUGGUGGUUUCAACAAGGUUUGAGAACUUUUUCAAGAACUUUUUUUAAACUUUAAUUUCCCAGUGCGCAACCAUGGUCUCACGGCAAUACAGCCAUUUUGUCUUGGCGAAUAUUCAAUUCAUCUGGUGUCUCUCAAUGCUUAUUUGUCCAAUAUUGGUCAGUUUUUAUCCUCUUAUCACUUCUGAGAUCAAAGAAGAAAUGAUAUAAUAUCAAUUUGUUGAUAUUCCGUACAUUUCUAAAUAGGAAUUCAUACAUAGUAAAGCCGAAAAGGGUGGAAAAAGGGUCCAUAGAAAUUUUCCUUUUAUGAGCCUUUAUCUUUUAGCGACCGUUAUCCACCGUUCCGAUUUUGCCCGAGUUCAGGAACGCAGAAGCUUGCGUUAUACUUUUAUUUUUUAUUUCGAUUUUUUUUUUCUGGGUAAAGUAAGGAAAAAAGCUUGUAGAUUUUUCAAAGUAUAAGGAGUUAAGGAGAGGCAGCAAAAAUGGUGCAUAAGAGCCAAUGAAAUGGCGCAAAAAGGCAGCAAAAAGCCAGAAGCAAAUGAAUUACUGAAUGAAAUGUUUUGAGGUGUCGCUUCUGCUGCCGACGGGGUCGGUCGCCGAAUGGCGGACUGUCUUUUUCGCCCACGCUGGUCUUCUCCUCGUGUCCAACGCCGUCUUCUGUGCCUUGGCUACGGCCAAGCCGGCGCCUUGGACCGACCGCGAGAUCAAAAACCCCGCAGCCAAGAAUACGCCCCUGUACCAUCCCCACGUCAGCAACUGAAGUCAUUUUUUCAUUAUUUAUGAAUCGCUCCAUUUUAUCCAUUUUUAACUUAUAUUGUUUCCCCAGUUCAUUUCUCGGCCCCUUUGCAAAACUCAUCAAGCAAAAACGCCUUUCAUUCUGACUUCCUCGAUCUCUUCGUACUGGUUAUCAGACAAAAAAAAAUCGUUGAGUAUAAAGCUUUUCGAAUAACAAGUGGAAGAGAAGCCAUGGCAACCAGACACACUGCUUAUUAGCCGUUCUCGACACCUGGCCGAGCUUCAUGUCGGUAAGUCAGCUGCAAUUAAAAACAUUGCUUGGAAAUUACCCGUGAAUGAAUUUUCUUUCGAGGAGUUGAAUGUUCAUUGAUUAAGUUAGCCAGAAUUAAGAAUAACAGGUGUUUUUGGAAAUUAUGAGAUCAGAAUCUCGAAAUUUUCUUUCAAAAAAUGAGAUGAAGCUCGAAAAGAGCCAGCUUGUCACGAUUUUUGUUUCCCUUCGAGCUAGAGAAUUAGGCGUGUGCGAGAGCGCCGCAGUGCAUGCACACUACACACUAAACUUCACGGAAAAAUAGGAGCGGGGUGUCUCGAAAAAACGCCGUCUCUCAGCCUGCGUCUUUUAUUUGACCGGAAAAUUUCCGUUAUAUUAAAGGUGCAGGCAGAGAUAAUAUCACGCGCAUCGAAGGGUAGGGUUCUGUAGCUCAGAUGAAAACGAAAAUCGUGACAAGCUGGCGCGGGAUGGGCUAUGAAGAGCCAAAACUGGAACGUCGAUCUUUUCAAAUUUUCUUCUAACUAACCAUCUGGAAGCGAAACCUUGCCGAUUCACGGCUAGCUUGAGAAGCUAAGGGGGCGUGGCCUGUGCGCUCUUCACGCUCUCUUGUCGUGUCAGGGCACUUUUUUUUCGAUAGCUCAAGCCAACCGUGAAUCAGCUAUAAGCUUCAUUCAAAAAAAAAAAAUAGAAUGUCGUACUUUCUUCUCAACCAUUAUUAAGCAUGGCGAAGAACCUUGCGACUUGUCUUUGAGCGAUAAUGAAAGAUCCGCUCGUCAGGACUUCUACCGCGCAAUCGAGAGGAUGAACGAAGCCCGACUUCCGGUUAUGGUAGCGACUCUUUCACAUGGGGCCUUCGCAAAAUGGAACUUCAGGCUUGUGUUCCGUGCCUGACGGUUUUCAAAGACGUGAUCGUCUUCCGACUUCACGCCUCGCUGCACUCUUCGCAGACAGCUUGGCAGUGCGCCUUGUGCGGAGGCCUCUGUCGCGACCGUCGCUCCUUCCAGCAGCACGUCGUCUUCAACGCCCACGACGUCUGA